UUGGAUAGAACUAAACACUUCGCGAGUGAAACGCCUCAAGCGUUUAGAUAUCAAUAUAUAAGAGACGCGUAUAAUAAGUGCUCUCAGGAUGACUAUGAGUUCAACACUGAAUGCUUGGAUUUGGUUCAGAGGUAUACCUCAUCUAAAGUUAAACUAAUUGAAGCCAACGCUUCCACGUAUUUCAAAGUGACUUAUAAGAAAGAUAUCUACUCUGCGGAAGGAGUGCUCAGAGGUUUCACUAUUGCCGUCAAUUUAAUUUAG